AUGUCACCCAGUUGCUUAGUUUUUCUACUCAACUCCCUCAUUGUUGCCGCUAGUGUCCAUGCUAGUGUUGCUUCUGUGGCUGCGCCCGCACUGCUGCUGCUGUUAGCAGUCAACGAUGGCGACAGUCUAACUGUUAUAGACAUAUUGUCAAAGAAUGUGGAAUUUAGCGUGUUUUUGAGAGUUCUACAACGAAGUGGGCUAAUACCGACCUUGAAUAUUCGCAAAAACUUCACACUUAUUGCUCCUGUUAAUUCUGCUUUUGCUUACUCCAAUUUUGAAGAUGACUUGCUGGUAAUUCAGGAUAACAUCCAUCAAUAUAUUAUUAACAAUUCCUUCUUGUCUUCUGAUAUCGAGGGACUUCAAAUCUUUGAGACCACUAAGGAACCAGUCAAUAAUGUUUUCACCCCAAUAACCGUGGAAGUUUUGCAAAAUGAUUAUGAUGAUAAUGAGAAUAUGUUCACCAUUGAUGGGGUAGAAGUGGUAGAGCCUAAUUUAAUUGCCUACUCGCAAGAUUCUGUGGUUCAUGGUAUCAAUCAAAUUUUACCAGUAAGUGCGUCUACUUGCGAGUUUGUUGAUACUUUAUCCAGUAACUAUAAUGGGAGUUUCGAUAUUUUUAGUAAACUAAUGGCUGUGGAUUACUGUAGUGCAGACAAACUGAUUUCAGGAACCACAUUGUUAUUACCAUUAGAUGAGAAUAUUGAAAUCAAUGAUAUAGAAUUGAACUAUUUGCUGUCCACUCACGGCUCUGCCGAUAGAAGCCUCCUUGUUAAUAGGAAUAUCUUUCAUGGAUAUGUUGGCGGGCAAGUUGCUGGUGUUUAUAAAGAUUUUAAUGAAGAUGAUGUUGAGUUCCAAAACCUUCAUGAUGGUAAUAUAGUUAUUAUUGAUGGUAAGAAAGCCAAAUAUUCAAAUGUUCUAUCUGAUGAUGGGAUCAUUCACAUUGUUGGAGAAUUCGAUCCAUCGCCUGUUGAGUUUACUCCAAGAAAAUAUUUAUACGGUUUGAAUAGUGAUGAUUUUGUCGAUGAGCUUGAUUUCAGAAGCUUGUCCUAUUUAAUUGAUGAUAACAGUAUUUCGCAAACCUUGUUCCUCUUCGAAGAAGAGGAUGAUGAUAAUGAGGGUAGUUCUUUUGGAAAACGAGACUUGAUCGUCCUUGACAAAAAAUCUAUUAAAGCUCAAAGUUCAACUCAUAAGGAUCAAUUGCUUUAUCAUUUUAUUGACGGAAAGAUUGAUGUUUCAAGCUCUGGACUUUACGACAGCAAAGUGUGUAGAAACAAGAGAAUCGGUAAUAAUUGUCAAAAAAUCAAAAUCAAUCACAACGCAAACACAGGGUCAUUAUCUUUGAACAAUGAAGUGAAAGUGUUAAAUCCAUCAGAAAAAAUCUCUAUUGCUAACACUGAUAUUUAUCACAUUGAUAAGGAGUUUUUCUUGCCUCUGAGUUUAGAGAGUGCUGUUGGUUCGUUAAGUCGCUGUACUACUUCCAUGAAGUAUUUAAAUGCUUUCAAUCUAUUGGAUUUGGCAAACAAUAAAAAAGGUUAUACUGUUUUCUUACCUUGUUUCAGCAGCUGGUCAAGAUUAGAUUUAACUCUUGAUUACUUGAAGAAGAAUAGCACUGCAUUAUUAUCUAUUUUGCAAAAUGGGAUUGUUAAUGGAUUGGUUUAUAGCGAUUUUGAUGAAGAUAUUAUCACUACUAAUCUUAAUAAUGAGUUGGUUGAAAUUAAACCUGUGAAAAGCGAUGACCAUGAAAAUUUCAACAAGUUGUUAGUGAAUGGUAGGGAAAUCAAUGUUGAAAGAAACCGUGAUAUCAUAUUUGACAAAGGGGUUGUGCAACCAAUUAAUGGUGUUGUUAUUCCUCCACAUGUUCAGAUAACUUUGACUGAUCUAAUCAAAACUGCUUCCCCAGACAAUAAUUUGUUCCUUGAGCUAAUGGAUUUCACCAAUUUAUCACACGUUUUGAACAGCCCAAAUUACUCUGUUAUUCUUCCCAGUACAAUGGCCUUAACUGCCGCUAACUUCACGAAGUUUACGCCGUUAUCAAUCCUUGAAACUUUUUUGAAGUUGCACAUUGUUCCAAAUCACGUCUCCCAUGGUGAAAAUGAUAUUGAUCAUGAUAACUUAUUCGACUGCGGUUCUAAGAUCCCAACAUUGUUGGACAGUGUUCACUUGGCUUGCAGACCGUUCAAUGAUAGAUCCAAUUACUUGCAAAUUGUUGAGGGUGCUGACUUAGAAGUUAGAAUCUUGAAAACUGGUUGUUCCACAUUAAGUAACCAAUCAUGCAUUUUUGUGAUUGACAAGGCAAUUUUACCAGAUUGGUUGAGUCCUGGAAAAAAGUUGAAAUUUCAUUUACCACUUGCCGCUUACGGGGUUGGGUUCGUGUCGGGUAUUAUCUUCAUAUUCCUUUUAUUACCAUGUUGUUUGUUAGCUAUUGUUAAAAGCAGCAAAAGCCAGAAUGUGGCGGAUGAUGAACAAGAUCCGGAGUCUGGAGAAGAUCAAAGAUUAUUACCAUCGACCUCCAAUGACCAGCAUAAUUAUGAUCUGAUCUCCAAUAGUACCCUAAGAGAAUCUAUUCCUCAGCCUAUUGCCAACCACAGUGGUCAAAAUCAAAUACCUAUAUUUUAA